CAAUUAUUGGAUGUUGAAGAUGUUUGCGAUAUCCAAAAACCUGAUGAAAGAUCUAUAAUGACUUAUGUUGCUUUAUACUUCCAUGCAUUUUCACAUCUAGACAAAAUAGAGACAGCUGGAAGAAGAGUUGCUAAAUUUGCGGAAGUUAUGCAGUCAGUAUGGGACAUGGAACAUGAUUAUGAGAGACGUGUCAGACAAUUGAUGCAAAAUGUCAUAGACAAGAAAAAUGUUUGGGCCAAUUCUAAAUUUGAUGGAAGUUAUUCUCAUGCUAAACGUCAAUCCGCUGAAUUUACUCAAUAUAAAAGUAGUGAAAAACGUGCUUGGGUAUCCGAGAAAAGCGAUAUAGAUACCUUGCUCGGUAACAUUCAGACUAAACUCAAAACAUACGAUUUACAGCCUUAUCAUCCACCUGCUGGACUAACACUAAAUGAUUUGGAUAAGGCAUGGCAAAGUUUGAUAGAUGCCGAAGCUAAACGAUAUAAAACUAUUAAUGAUAAAAUCAGAGAUCUUUCGGCUAAAUUAGGUCCGUUGGAAAAUUCUCUUAGGCGUAUUGAGGAGCUUGAUAUGCAAUGUAGAGAGGCUAAUGUUGAAGAAAACGAUUAUACAGUUUUCUCUGUUGAUGACUUAAAAUUUGAAUUGGGGCUUGUGCAGCAAUCGAUCACCAAGAAAUCUUCCUUCAUUGAAAAUCAGAUUGUAGCAAGGAAUAUGACAAAUCUUACACCAGCUCAAUUGGAAGAAUUUGAAGGUACAUUCCGUCAUUUUGAUACCGAUUCGUCGAAUACAUUAAAUCCAUACGAGUUCAAGGCUGCUUUGGCUAGUUUAGGAAUAUUUUAUGAUGAUACAGAAUUGAAUGCAGCAUUUAACCAAAUGAGUGAAGGGCAACCUGAGGCCUCUUUUGAGCAGUUUAUCCUUUAUAUGGUUAAUGUUACAGAAGACAAGACUUCACCUGAUCAACUCCGACAAUCAUUCAAAGUUGUAGCCGGAGAUAAACCUUUUGUAACAGAGCUUGAUCUAAGAAGAUCAUUAUUACCAGAAAAUGUUGUAUCUUAUUUACAAGAAGCCAUGCCAUCACGGGAAAGUGGAUACGAUUAUUCCAAAUAUUUAGAUCAAGUGUUUCAGGAGUAA